AUGGAGCUGACAAGAACCCAAAGGAGGAGGGUUCAGAGACAGUACUGCACAUUCCUCAAUAACGAGAAAAACGCACAGGUGCUUCCAAAUGCCAAUUCUGCCAGAAAAAGGGAAAGAACCAGAAGUAUUUCCCCAGACAGAACAAGCAUCUCUCAACUACAGAAGUUGACAAAAGCAGAAUCCUCAGAGAAACCUUCUGUCCAUCCUGCCCCCGCCUCAGGAGGUCUACUUGAAACUCCCCAACUAGAGGAAAGAACCGAUCCUGUUUCAGGAGAAGGACAAGAAGACUGGGUUGAGGAAGAUGAAGAGGAGCAGCUGGAUUAUGAGCCAUCCACAGAUGACCAGAAUACCUCCUCGGGACAGAAGAACUGGGAGAAUGGACGGAGAAAUAUGAUGGAGAACAGAUGGAUUAUGACGGAGAAUUGGAUGCAGAAACUGAGGCCUUUGGUGCAGAACUGGAGGACUUGUUACGUGUUGACCUAG